AUGGGUAUAAAAACUGGGAUGUUCACAGUAGCAAUUGUAGACUCAGAAGAAACCUUCUACAUUUACAAUGAUAAUGCUGAGAUCUGCGCUGCUUCUUGCUGGACUACUGAACCUCCAGGUUUUAGAGAUUUGGUAUCUGAUAGUUACUCAGAGACUCACUACCUCCCAAAUGGUGCACCAAUAACAAUCAUCUCUGACAAUAAGGACCAUUGCUAUUAUCAGGGUCAUGUGAAGGAUGACAAUGACUCACUUGUCAGCGUUAGUGUAUGCAGCGGGAUAAGUGGAGUAAUAUUGACACAAGGACUCAGGAUUCUGAUAGAUCCCUUAAAGAACACGGAUCACGAAGAACAUGUUGUGUAUUUAGAUCAAGAGGAGACCCCAAGAGUUUGUGGAGUGACAAAUAACAUCUGGACAGAAGAUGAACUACUAAAAUCACAAACCAUCAACGAUUCUGAGAAACAAGAAUUAUUCACAUCACAGAAAUAUGUCCAGCUUUAUAUAGUAGCAGAUAAAUCAAUGUUCACAAAAUACAACAGCACAGAAGCUGUCAAAAAGAAAAUUUUUGAGAUUGUUAAUUAUGUCAAUAUGGUAUACAAAUCUAUAAAUACUUUUGUGGCUUUGAUUGGCUUUGAAAUCUGGGAUGCCAACAAUCAAAUUGAAGUACACACCUCAGCAUCAAUUACUCUGGAUAGAUUCUAUAAAUGGAGAAAAAACAAUCUUCUACCUAGAAAAUUACAUGACAAUGCACAGUUACUCACGAAUACAGACUUUGAAGGCCCAACUGUGGGAAUGGCUUAUAUUGGAACCAUGUGUAGUGAUUUAUCUACCGGAAUUAUCCAGGAUCACAGUAAGAUAUCAACCUCAGUUGGUGCCACAUUAGCUCAUGAGAUGGGACACAAUUUGGGGAUGAACCACGAUGACAGUUCCUGUGGCUGUUCUGCUACUUCUUGCAUCAUGUCACCCACCAUCACUUAUACUACACCAAGCCUGUUUAGCGCCUGCAGUCUCCAGUACUUCAAUCAAUUUAUUCGGAGUAAAUUACCAAAGUGUUUGUUGGAUAAGCCGCAACCAAAUGACAUCCAGGCUUCACCUGUGUGUGGGAAUAAAUUCACAGAGAUUGGAGAGGACUGUGACUGUGGCACAAAGGAGGAAUGUACCAAUGAGUGUUGUGAUGCAGCUACUUGCAAGUUGAAACCAGAUGCAAAGUGUGCAGAGGGUGAAUGCUGUGUGAAUUGCCAGGUUGUAAAAGCUGGAGUUGUUUGCAGACCAAGCAAGGAUGAUUGUGAUCUGCCAGAUAUGUGUGAUGGAAAUUCUCCUGUUUGCCAGACUGAUCACUUACAGGUCAAUGGUUUCCCCUGCAGUAAUGGCAAAGGAUAUUGCUACAAUGGGAAAUGUCCAAACAUGCUGAGUCAAUGCGUAACACUAUGGGGACAGAGUGAGUCACAUUUAUUAUAG